GCGGUGCGGAGAAGCCGCAUACGUUGCUCCUGGCCCAGGCGUUGGUGCUGUCUGCUCACGGAUGACUUCCGCCAAAUGAAGCACCUUGUGACGUGCUGGGGCCUAGGGGAAGGCACAGACGAGGCCCGCACGCUGUCCCCAGUUGCACUAGGCCGCCCGGCCCGGGCUCUAGGAGGCCGCUCGGUUGCUAGGCGGCCGCGUCUGGGCGCGGGAGGAGGGGCGGGCGAUGGACCAGUACUGCAUUUUGGGUCGCAUUGGGGAGGGCGCGCACGGCAUCGUCUUCAAGGCGAAGCACGUGGAGACUGGAGACAUUGUUGCCCUCAAGAAGGUGGCUCUGCGGAGGCUGGAGGAUGGCAUUCCCAACCAGGCCCUGCGGGAGAUCAAGGCCCUGCAGGAGAUGGAGGACAAUCAGUAUGUGGUGCAGCUGAAGGCCGUGUUCCCACAUGGGGCAGGCUUUGUGCUGGCCUUUGAGUUCAUGCUGUCAGAUCUGGCCGAGGUGGUGCGCCAUGCCCAGAGGCCACUGGCUCAGGCGCAAGUCAAGAGCUACCUGCAGAUGCUGCUUAAAGGUGUUGCCUUCUGCCAUGCCAACAACAUCGUGCAUCGGGAUCUGAAACCAGCCAACUUGCUCAUCAGUGCCUCGGGCCAGCUCAAGAUAGCAGACUUUGGCCUGGCCCGGGUCUUUUCCCCAGAUGGCAGCCGCCUCUACACGCACCAGGUGGCCACCAGGUGGUACCGAGCCCCCGAGCUCCUGUACGGUGCCCGCCAGUAUGACCAGGGUGUCGACCUGUGGGCCGUGGGCUGCAUCCUGGGGGAGCUGUUGAAUGGGUCCCCACUUUUUCCCGGGGAGAAUGACAUCGAACAGCUUUGCUGUGUGCUUCGCAUCUUGGGCACCCCCAGCCCUCAAGUCUGGCCGGAGAUCACAGAGCUGCCCGACUACAACAAGAUCUCCUUCAAGGAGCAGGCGCCUGUGCCCCUGGGGGAGGUGCUGCCCGACGCCUCUCCCCAGGCCUUGGACCUGCUGGGGCGGUUCCUCCUCUACCCUCCAUGCCAGCGUAUUUCAGCCUCCCAGGUUUGGAAUGAGGUUGCGAGGACCAAGGAAUUAUGGAGGCAGCUGUGUCUGAGACGCUGGUCCUCCUAUAAAGACUCCCAGAUAACCCUGGGCACACAAACAUGGAAAGAGUACUAUCUCUGCCGAUCUGAGCUGGAGUUCCGAAUGGAAUCUGGGCGGCCAGAGAAGGACUUCGUCUGCAAAGCCAUUGCCGGGCACAAAGGAGAGAUAGACGAGCUGGCCUACAUCUCCACCAACGAGUGCCGCUUUGACGGGCAGGAGAAGUCCAUGGUGUGCACUGUGUCGUCAGAUGGCACCGUGCGUGCCUGGGAUCUGCAUGAGGGCACAGAGAUCUGGUCAAGCCCUGUACAGCCUGCUGCUCUGGUGAAUUUGGUGACCUACCCUCAGCUGCAACUGGUUGUCACUGUGGACGAGAAAGGACUAAUCAAAAUGUGGGAAGCGGAGAGUGGGUGUGAGUCAGCCUCCUUCAGCCUGCCUACACACUCAUCUGCGCUGGAGGCAUGCAACCACCCAGAGGGCCCAGUCCUGCUGGCCGCCUGUGCCGAUGGAGCACUCUACACGCUGACGGUGCCCCGGCUGCAGCUGCUGUCCAGGGUGAGCGUGUUCCCGAACCACCCCACCAGUCUGCUCUGCUCUCCUGACCACCAGUGGGUGUUUGUAUGGACCCAGAACUCAGACCUGGGCCCCAAGGUGUUCCACACACACUCCUUGCUGUGUCCCUCGGAAGACGUGCCUCCUGUCUCCACCACUCUCCCCAUCUGGCUGACUUCCAGAGCCUGCUGGGCCCCCGAUGAGGCAGCCAGGCUGGUGGUGAUGCAUAGAAAUGACAAUGGCAUGCAGUUGGUUGUCACCACCUAUGAGCUAAGGGCCAAGAAAUCCAGGGAUGGAGUGGACAUUCUGGUCCAACAGAUCACAAGUUUCGUCUUGCCAAACACCAUGAUGCCCCCUCACCUUAUGAAGGGCCACAGCUCCCAGGUGAUCCUGCUGGUGUCUGGGUCGGAGCUGGUGCUCUUCACCAUACACGGCCUGCAGCUGGCAGCCUUCCAGGACCACCAGAAACCCAUCACGUCCAUGAGGGUGGACCAGAGCCGAGUCAUCACCUCUUCCUUCGACCUCUCCUUGCGAGUCUACGUGUGGAAUAAGGACAAUAAACUUCCCAUCCUCAAGAGCUGCUAUCACUUGCUCGGGGGGUCCCACCGAUGGGCCAGUGGAUUUACCCACGUGGAAAGUGACAGCAUGAGCAUUGUAGGCGUGGAAGCCAGAAGUGUCGGCAUGAGUAUUCUAAGGUCCUAUUACUUCCAAGUGCAACAGGGCUGAGAUGACUACAUCGAUUGAAGAUCAUCUCACUUUGGUGAAGAGCUUGUAUACAUACAAAGAUUAAAAUGAUUAUUUUAUCAACAUUGGGAAAGGAAUUAGUAAUUCUGAAAUACUACUAGGGCCAGUAUUGUGCUAUGUGAGUUUAUUUUUAAAUCCUCACAGCAAGCCAAUGAAGUAGGUAUGAUUGUCUGUUUUUCAGACAAAGAAGAGGAAAUACAACAGGAAAGUCAUUAACCCAUUGUUAGCUGUGGUCCAGCUGCCUAGCAACCUGCCCAGGGCUAUUCAGAUUGUGGCAGAGAGGAGAGAUGCCAGAUGGGGGGCUAGAAAGCCAACACUUACACUACUGGGAUUGUAACAAUUGCUUGUGUUGUUCAAAUAUGUAUUUUUUAUCUUCAUAUUUUGUGUAAUGUGCUUCAGACACACAUUAAUAAAUAAUACUUGCCGUCAUAUA